AUGCUUCUGCUCGCGCUCUUCGUGCGAGGAGAGCUCACGGACGUCACUUUUGCACGGGCCAAAGACCCCAAUGCCCCGGCGGAUGUUGGCCCGCGCUUGACGUCGCGAACGUUUGCGGGGCUGGACGCGAUGCCGGCGACAGUGGCGCCGGCUCGAGGCGGAGGAGGACGAGGAGACGAAGACGACGAGGUGACUGUGUCGUCGUCCGUGACAAAGGCGUUUCGUUUCGUUCGAGAUGGCGUGACGAGCGCGAGUUGGACGGCGAUACCGUUGCGUGCGAAUGCGACGCCCCCUGUAAAUGGAGUCAACGAGGGACCUUCGACCGCAUCGACCGUCGUGUCUGCGGUUGUCGAGACGACCGCCGACGCAACAACGACGACAACCGAAACGCAUACGGAAGCUCAAGUGGAGACGCUGCCUCCUGCUGCUACUGCUGCAGACGCUACUGAGGCACCGAAAGCUCCUGAUGUCGAUAACAAAGCGCCAGUGCCGGCUGAAGCACCGACACCAGCUCGAGUCAUAGACCCGACACCAGCGCCGAUUGAAGGUCCGACGCCGGUCAUUGUGCCGGCAGAACCUCCGACACCAGCUCCAAUCAUAGAGCCGACGCCGACACCGGCGCCGAUUGAAGCUUCAACACCAGUGCCGGCAGAACCUCCGACACCAGUGCCGGCAGAACCUCCGACACCAGCUCCGGUCGAAGCUCCAACACCAGUGCCGGCAGAACCUCCAACACCAGCUCCGGUCGAAGCUCCAACACCAGUGCCGGUAGAACUUCCGACACCAGAGCCGGCGCCGACACCAGUGCCGGCAGAACCUCCGACACCAGUGCCGCAACCUCCGACACCAGCUCCGGUAGAACCUCCGACACCAGCUCCAGUCAUAGAGCCGACGCCGACACCAGUGCCGGCAGAACCUCCGACACCAGCUCCGGUCAACUCAACACCACUCCACGAAGCCCCUGUGCCGGCUGAAGCUCCUACGCCAGUUCCAGCGGAAGCCCCGACGCCUGCUCCGGUAGCAACUCCAAUAGCUCUUGUUCCAGCAGCGCCAGUGCCAGCUGAUGUCAACGUGUCUACGCUGCCCAACACCACAACGACGGAUGCCUUGCCAAUCGUCCCAGCAGGCACCGUCGCUCCUCCUCUUACGACGGAUGAUGAUGGAUCAGGUGGACCCCCGACCCCAAUCACGACGCCGACAGCAGCAGCAGCCCCAACUCCACCGAUAGGUGUCCCAACAACAGGAGACACUGCGGCUCCAGUCGCUACAUUGCCCAUUGCGGGCAUAUCUUCCGGCAGCACGUCCGAGCCAGCGAGAGGUCCGAGAGGUCCGUUCGACUUGAACUUUGCCUCGUUGUCCUCGACCGCUUCCUCGCGCGACUACGACGACACGUACGAAGACACGACGCAGGACGAUGCCGCCGAAAACAGCAGCAGCGCCGAUCGGCCAACGGGUGACAGCGUGGACGCUUCGUGGGUGCUCACGUUUGCGCCGAUCAUCGCGGACCCGACGGACACUCCUGCCGUGGCGAUCCAGCACGUCGACGACAACGACGACGACGACGUCCACCACAGCAACGCCAACACGUCUUCAGGACGGCCGACCCCACUUGGCGGCUGGAAACUCGCGCUCGUUAUUGUCGGCGCCAUCUGCGUCGUCAUCGUGUCCGUCAUCUCCGUGCACCUGCGCCACGUGCGCGUGUCGGCGGCGAACAAGCGCCGACGAGACAGUUCGCAGCAACGCGCGCUGGACUCGUUCUUCCGGCAAACGCGUGCGACGCUCGGUCGGGACACGGGCCUCUCGUCCGGCGUGUUCGUCACGGACCCGCUCACGCCACGGGACGAGAUCGCCGUGACAAUGCCGAGUGGCGGCGGUCGACUCCGGACGAAGACGGCCGACUUUGCGGCCACGAACGCACUGUCCUAUGCCUCCGUCCGCAGACCGAUGACGCCUGGCGCGCUCGACACACCGACGGACAGCCAGCAAGGCAACGAGUACGACUCGUUCACCGGUCCCGUGCCGCUCGCGCGGUCGUCGAGCCCUCCCGCUUUCUACUACUCCAACUCGGUGGCGUCCGACGCGAGCUCCGUCUCGUUCGGGAGCAUCGGUCCGUCGUCGUCGUCGUUGGUGCCAUUGCCGUCUGCGAUCCGAGGAACGCGGGCGUCGUCCGUCACGUUCCGUGCCGACGCGAGGGAAACGUAUCGGUCCGCGCAGUCGAGCAGCAACUUCUCCGUGCGCUUCGCCUCGUCCGUGUCCUCCGACCGCACCAGUUGGGCGAGUACGCCCCAAGCACAGGCGAACGCGUCGCUACUCUCAGCUCCGACGUCCGAGCGCACGAACGCAUCGAGGAGGGGACAGCACGUCCAGCGCUCGUCCGUAUUAGACGGUUUCUAA